AGGGACCUCAGGGCGCUUGACGAGACACGCGCGAGAGGAAGUGGCGCUGUCUUUCGUAGCUGCGCUGGUAGACUGCUCGGCGUGGAGCCAUGGGAGGCCUUGAGAGGAAGAAGUAUGAACGAGGCUCUGCCACCAACUACAUCACCCGAAAUAAAGCCCGGAAGAAGCUGCAGCUGAGCCUGGCUGACUUCAGGCGGCUGUGCAUCCUGAAGGGCAUUUAUCCCCAUGAGCCCAAACACAAGAAGAAGGUUAACAAGGGCUCCACUGCGGCCCGAACUUUUUACCUUGUCAAAGACAUCAAGUUUCUCCUCCAUGAACCUAUUGUCAACAAGUUCCGGGAAUACAAGGUGUUUGUUCGGAAGCUCCGGAAGGCCUAUGGGAAGAGUGAGUGGAACACUGUGGAGCGUCUGAAGGACAACAAGCCUAACUAUAAACUUGACCACAUCAUCAAGGAGCGGUACCCCACGUUCAUUGACGCUCUGCGGGACCUGGACGACGCCCUCUCCAUGUGCUUCCUCUUUUCCACUUUCCCUCGGACUGGCAAGUGCCACGUGCAGACCAUUCAACUGUGCCGCCGGCUCACUGUGGAGUUCAUGCACUACAUCAUUGCUGCCCGUGCCCUGCGCAAGGUCUUCCUGUCCAUCAAAGGCAUCUACUACCAGGCUGAAGUGCUGGGACAGCCUAUUGUGUGGAUCACACCCUACGCCUUCUCCCAUGAUCACCCAACAGAUGUGGACUACAGGGUCAUGGCCACCUUCACUGAGUUCUACACCACCUUGCUGGGCUUUGUCAACUUCCGCCUCUACCAGUCACUCAACCUCCACUACCCACCCAAGCUUGAGGAUCAGGUUGAAGCAAAGGUGAAGGACAGUGAGGGCACCUAUGCACUGGACUCCGAAAGCUCUAUGGAGAAACUGGCAGCCCUCAGUGCCAGCCUGGCUCGAGUGGUGGUACCUGCCAUUGAGGAGGAGGCCGAGGUGGAUGAAUUUCCUGCUGAUGAGGAGAUAGCUGUGCGGGAAGAGGACCACAGAAAGGAACUGGAGGCACAGGAAAAGCAUAAGAAGCUCUUUGAGGACCUGAAGUUCUUCCUGAAUCGUGAGGUGCCCCGUGAGGCCCUGGCCUUCAUCAUCAGGAGUUUUGGGGGGGACGUAUCCUGGGACAAGUCUGUGUGCAUUGGAGCCACCUAUGAUGUCACAAACUCCUGCAUCACCCACCAGAUUGUCGACCGGCCUGGGCAGCAGACCUCUGUCAUUGGCAGGUACUAUGUGUAGCCUCAGUGGGUGUUUGACUCUGUGAAUGCCCGGCUCCUCCUCCCGGUGUCAGAGUACUUCCCUGGUGUGAAGCUGCCCCCACACCUUUCACCCUUCGUGUCUGAGAAGGAAGGAGAUUACAUCCCACCUGAGAAACUGAAACUGCUGGCUCUACAGCGGGGAGAGGAUCCAGGAAACUUGAAUGAGUCUGAAGAAGAGGAGAAGGAGGAAGACAAUGAAGGUGAUGGCAAUGAAGGGGGAGAAAAUGAAGAAGAGGAGGAUGUGGAGACUAGUUCAGAAAAGGAAGAAGAAGCGCGACUGACAGCUCUUGAGGAGCAGAGGAUGGAGAAAAAGAAGCCCCAGGUGAUGGAAGGCACCAUGAAGCUGGAAGACAAGCAGCGGCUGGCCCAAGAGGAAGAGAGCGAGGCCAAACGCCUGGCCAUCAUGAUGAUGAAGAAGCGAGAGAAGUACCUGUACAACAAGAUCAUGUUUGGCAAGAGGCGCAAAAUUCGCGAGGCCAACAAGCUGGCAGAGAAGCGGAAAGCCCAUGAUGAGGCCUUGAGGUCUGAGAAGAAGGCCAAGAAGGCAAAGGUGGUGUGAGCACUGGUGGCCGCUCACUGGGCUGAGAUCAGUUCCUGGCAGCUGGAUGUGAAAAAGGCAGGCCAGAGGACCUGAGCUUGGUGACAGACCAGAGUCACCUCUGCUCUCAUUCUCUUUUUUGCCAUGGCCCCUUCAUGCUCUCUGCUUGAAUCUGUGGGCAGCUCUGGCCUCCCUUGGAUGGUGGCUGGGCAGAGGAGAAGCCUGUGUACCCACCCUGGUUCUGUGCUUCCAGUACAGCUGGAUACAGGGACCUGACCAGCCCCUCACCUGCUGCCCUCAUUCACCUUGCUUUUCACAGCCCUCCACCCCCUAGGGUUGGACUCAUGCUUCUCCGGGUGCUAUGAUGGGGUGGGGUCAGGGGAGUAUUUGUUAUUAAAUGGCUGGACUUUUGUAGUCAGUAAGA